AUGAAGACUUUAAUUAUUAUACUUGUCAUAGUCUUGACCAAAAAUAAAAAUGUCAGAUGUUUUAAUAUAUUUGAUGUCAUGACUGAAAAAAUUGCUGAAUUUACACACAGAAUUGUCACCACAUUCAAUGAUAUUAAGGACAAAGUGAAGAAUCUUUUUCAAAUAAAUAAAGCAAUGGACAAGCUUUCUGUUCUAAAACAAUCAAUAAUGGAAGAAAAAAUUAGAAAGUCAUUCCAUGACUUUGUUGAAAAAACAGCUGCUGAAAGUAGAACGGAGUCGCUUGAAUAUCUUAAUCUAAAAUCUGAGCCAACAGCCCUAAUGUCUACGUCCCAAUUGGGUAUACUACAUGGAAAAAGAGUUGAAUCGCAUGUUGUAAAUACUAAAGAUGGAUAUCUUCUUACUAUUCAUCGUAUAUCGGAUACUGUAGAAAGUUCAGUUGUAAAUAGAACCAGUCAAACAGUUUUGCUUCAUCAUGGAUUGCUUGGGAGUUCUGCCGAUUGGAUUUUAUUGGGACCCAAUAAAUCGCUACCAUAUAUUUUGUCAAACUCCGGUUACGAUGUAUGGAUGACCAAUGCAAGAGGGAAUUAUUAUUCACGAGGCCAUUUUACAAAAAGAGUGCAUUCAGCUGAGUUUUGGCAAUUCACAUUUCAGGAAAUGGGUCAAUACGACCUACCAGCUGUUAUAGAUUACAUACGAAAAAUAAAGAAUACAAGUAAACCAAUUAACUAUAUAGGUCAUUCAAUGGGUGCAACAGCAUUAUUAGUCUUAUUGUCAACUGUACCUAAAUAUAAUGAUUAUUUACGGAUUGCAAUUCUAUUAGCACCACUAGUUUUUAUGGCUAAUAUUCAGGGUCCUUUAAAAGUGCUUACAUCUUUAUCAGCAAGACCCCCAGAACAGCUCUUAAAAAUUAUAGGCGAAGGUGAAUUUAUUCCGUCAAGAAAAAUAAUGCCAUGGGUAUCUUCAAAAUACUGUCAAGGCCCAAAAAUAUAUUGCAACAACCCUCUUCUAUUUCUGAGCGGGAUACCACAGGAAAAAGCUUGGAGUACAAGUUUUAUUGCGAGAUUAUUAUAUCACGUCCCUGCGGGCGGCUCUACAAAUACAAUAUUGCACUAUGGCCAGCUAGCAGAAAGUGCAAAAUUCCACAGUUUCGGUGAUAUUUCUGGUGAGUUUAACCUGAGUCGUGUAUCCGUACCAAUUGCAAUGUUUAGUUCUAGUGAUGAUUGGCUGGCCACUGUACCAGACGUCUUAAAAUUAUAUUUUAGUAUUAAAUCACCUAUCGACCACUAUAUAAUUAAAGGAAAAAAUUUGAGUCACACCGAAUUCGUGUGGGGCUCCGAAGCAGACACUUUAGUAUUCAUUAAAGUAAUUGAAUUUUUAGAAAACGGUUUGGAUUCAAUUUCGAUCAAACUUAAUGAGGUGUAA